UUCGACGAGUACAAAAGUUUCCCCGUCCCUCCCCGGCCUCCCGUGAUUGUCAUUAGAUUGUCGUUAGAUCCCUUUGAACGUCGGGAAGGAACACAAAACGUUGUUCUUUCGAAUUUGGAGGAAGAAGUGAAGCAGUAUGAGUCAUUUCUCUACUCAGUAUGGCUAAACCAGGUAAGUGAUACUCCAUUCUUCCCCUUAAAUUCUAUGUGAGUCAGUUAAAGCUGGGUUUUUUGGUUAUUCUGUUGUAUAGAGGUGUAGAAAUGCUUUGAAUGUAGCAUCACACAAUGUUUUGAUGCAAACAGCAACAAUUAAUCCCAUGGGUAUUGAAACUGUAAGCAAAACUACUUGCAGCCUCUUGUGGUAUUCAAGCUUCAAAUCGUAGUUAGAUCUUUUGGUGUUUAGAAAUAGGGUGUUCAUAAGAGACAGGAUAAUCUAAUCUGACCACAAGAAAGGUGCAAAACUUAGGCGAACGAAAUACGAUAUCUAAAUUACGUAGUACGCAAAUUUUGUGCUGUGUACUGCAUCUCAUGUUUAUAUAUAGCUCUAUAUUGGAGGUUAUAUUUGGACCUUUAAAUCGAUAUUUCCCAUAAAUGAAGCAGUAUCUCGUUUUGUGCUACAAAUUAUAGAAAAGAAGGUAAAAAAAAGAAAGUUCAUCGGUAGAGCAACUGGUUUAAACAAUCUAGAUCUUCACUCGAAUAAAUUCACGAGAAUGGUAAUCGAUUGAAAAGAAUGAUACUCUAAACACAACAUAAAUGUUACUUAAUACAUGCAUUACUGAAAUCUUUAAUACGAAGACUUGCACCACGCCUUGAAACAGUACAAGUAAAAAUACACUAAUGAGAAUCAGUGAUAACACCACACAAUGUCUUGUCUCCAUUUUGCGGUGUUUUCGUGUUCGAAUCAGUAUCGACAGUGUAUUGAGUUAAAAUAUCUAAAGUUUAAUUCGUCAUAUGUGAGGUGUCAUUCCAUUUUUGUAGUCUUCAGUUUGAUUGUUGUAACUAUAGGCUUUGAGGUUGAUAAAUUACUUUUUGGUGAGGCAUAAAAAAAGGGAUUGACUGAAAUGUGGCAUGAAUGUGGUAAAUGAGUAUUUUGCGUGGUACUCAAACGAUCUGGUGGCAUCUGAGUGGGCCUUAAACCAUUCGGCGAAAUCUAAAUCAAAAGAAUACAAUUAGAGGUCUUAUUUUAAAAACCUAACACAAUAUAAUUUGUUUCCUGGAUUUGAAUUUUGGAUGCACCCUUGCCAUUCCUUUCUGUGUCGCAAAGGUGCAAGGAAUUGAUCACGAAAUCGUCUCCCUGUUUCAAUGAUGUAAAUUUUUUUGCAAUAAGUGCUAAUUAUGCAAUAGAUGACAUUGAUGGAGGUACACAUGAAGUGAUCAGUAAUCUUAACAGAUUGUUUGGGUUCAGAUAUUUUCUCAACAUUCUGAAUGAAAGGACAAGUUUUGCAUUGCGCCUGCAUGCAUUUGAAAGUUCCAGUUGAUCAAUAGUUUGUAUUGAUCUUCUGGCCAUAGAGUUGCCCAUGUUAUGUAGUGCCAGUCUGGAAAUCAUUUUGAAGUUAUUUAAAGUUUUUAAGAAUGGUUGAUUUAACAAAUGAUUGAGAUGUUGAAAUGUGAGGGUGAAUGGAAUUCAAUCUGUUUUUUCCUUUUGUGACAUUUACUUAAAUGCCAGAAACAGGAUAGCCACAUUUUUCUAAAAACUGACACAUUGUGUCUGAUAUGUUGAAGAAACCAGAUGUGAUAUCUCAGUCUUUCAGCUGAACAUAGAAAACAAAAAACAGAUUUUCAAGAGCAUUAACUGGAUAAACUUGUAAGAAACUGGUCCUUAGCCAGUUAGCUGUACUGACUGACACCUGUUGAGUAGUUUUAGUCUUCCCAGACUUGUGUUUGUGUUAUUUCAGGGUAAAACUGCUGAUGUUGAUCCACUGCAGAUCAUGACUGACCACAAUUUGACCCUGAAUGAUUUGUUCUUUCUACCCAUUUUAUUCAUUGGCUUCCUUAUUCUUGGGGUCUGUUUUGCAUUCUGCUGUUAUCUUUUGAGGUAAGUAAUAGUUACAUAGUUUAAUAUUUGUAGGCAAAUCUUUGACAACAGGUAUUUUUCUUAUUGGACAGGACUCUCCCAACUGCAAAAUUACAUGUAAACUUACCUCUACCCCCCCCCCCCUUGCACACUCCCUUUCACUCCCAAGAUCUGAUUGUUAAUUCUCCUCACCAGGUGCUACACAUUUCCUUUUAAAUUCGUCCCGAGAAUUUGUUGUUAGAUCAAGAUAACUUCUGCUUGGGAGUGAUUGAUUAGUUCAGUGAAGUAAAGCAAAACCAAAGCCAUCCCAGAAUGCCUUUGAUACUAAUUUGAAAACUGCUCUAGUGGUAGAGGUUAAAGGAAUCUGCAUUGCAAGAAUUAAGGAACAUUCUCCUGUAGAGGUAGUCUGUGGUAGUGAUAUGUCAUAUGAAAAUGAUCAUUCUUUUUUUUUUUUUUUUUAAGGACAACGAGGGAUGACUAUGAUAUUGAUGUAGAAUCUCCCAGAAGAAUCAGAUAUGAUGGUUUGAGGCGGGUAAGUUACAGUCUGUUAGGUUUUAAUUGAGAUAUUUGAAAGAUCAGUCUUUAUAUAUUAAGUAUAUAAGUUGCGUGGUGUCUCAUGCCAGAAUGUACAUUAAGAGUAUACCUCUCACAAACUGAGUCUCAUCUGUACUGUUAGUGAUGGAACAAUUUUUUUCUGCAGAGAUUUAUGGCCCCUGAGUUGAGUGCAUGAGUCAUAAAUCCCAGCAGAAAAAGAGAAAUCACUUUCUUGUAUUCUAAGUAGCUGUAGAGUUAAUACUGUCUAUUCUUUUCCAUUUGGCGCCUUCUUGAAAUUUGAUAACUGUAGAAAAAAUGAACAAGAUUUUGCUGCAGAUACUUAUCAACAGUUCUCAUAUUUUCGAGGGAAUUCAUAGAUUUUGUUUUCACCACUUGGAUUUUUUUAUAUUUUGAUUCAAAGGGAAAUUACAGGAAGAAAUGGUUGAAGAAAGUUUCAUUGAAAAGUGAUGUAAGUCUAUAAAUUAAGAUAUUUGCCAGCUGGUGUCUGUAUUAUGGGGAAACGUGGCAAAAAGCUACAGGGGUAUACUCAAGACAAAUUAUAACUAGUUAAAAAUAAGUUAAUUAGUUAAAAUAGUUAAAUUAAGUAGUUAAAAUAAGUUGAUUAAUAAGUUUAUUGAUGUAUUAAUUAAUACUUAAUAUGUAAGUACAGUGCAUCAUGUACACUCAAAGAAGCCUUCUUUUCUUGCUGUGUGCCUUGAUGAUCUGAUAAAUUUCCUUGUUACAAUUAAAUUUCCCUGGUCCUUUUGUUGUAGAUGCAGGUUUUACAUUUUCUCCAGAAUUUCUGACAGUAGAUUUAUUUGUUACUAGACAUGUGCAAUUUGUUUGGAUGAUUUCCAACACAAAGAAGAAAUAAGCAUUUGUAGAUGUGGCCAUGCUUACCAUCACAAGUGA